UGCUGCUCAUGCGUAUGAUGCCUUUUCCUGCCAGCAACAACAGAAACAGCAGCAUCUCGCAUCAUCACUGAGAAGAACUGAGAUUGGAGAGAGAAAGAAAGAAGGAGAUGAUGGUGGGGAGUCGAGAAGGAAAAUUAUGAAAUAACGGGUGAGGGUGUGGGCCAUGUCUGAGCUGUGAGUAGUGGAGGAGAGGAAGAGGAGGUGUAGGAGAGGAAGAGGAGGUGAGGACUGAAUAGCGGAGUGCGACGCCCCCUGUAGGGCAGUGAUGGGGAACACAGCCACUAAGUUCCGGAAGGCUCUAGUCAGCGGGGACGAGGCGUUGGCAUGGCAACUGUACGAGGGCAACAGCCAGUUCAGAGAGGGGCUGGACCCCAACGCGUCCUACGGAGAGACCUACCAACACAACACACCCCUCCACUACACCUGCAGGCACGCCAUGACACGUCUGCUCAGGUCCUUCCUUUUCAGUAAAGAAGGGAACCCUAACAAGCGGAACGUGCAGAAUGAGACAUGUCUGCAUGCGUUGUGUCAGGGAGCGCACAUCCUGCUUCUGCCAGAGGGGGCACUGUCUCCCAGACUGGCCAGACCACAGAGAGACGAACAACGCAGGGCAGACUGCCUACAGAUGAUCCUGAGCUGGACCGGGGCUAGGCUGGACAGAGGACAGUAUGAAAGGGUUAACAUUAAUGCUACAGACAACAGGAACAGCACCUGUCUACACUACGCUGCUGCUGCUGGCAUGAAGAACUGUGUAGAGCUCCUGGUCCAGGCUGGGUCAGACCUGUUUGUGGAGGACGAGGAGAAGUUAACCCCGUGUGACCACGCAGAGAGACAGCAGCACACACACCUGGCCCUGCGCCUCGAAGCCAUGAUGGUGUUCUCACAACACACACACACCGAGACACAGACACCCAGCAGCACGCUGCGCCAUAAAGAGCCCUAUGAGGGUUUGAAGCUGCAGGACUUGAGGAGACUGAAGGACAUGUUGAUAGUGGAGACAGCUGACAUGCUGCAGGCUCCUCUCUUCACCGCUGAGGCACUGCUCAGAGCACACGACUGGGACAGAGAGAAGCUUUUGGAAGCCUGGAUGAGUGAUUCUGAGGAGUGCUGCCAGCGGUCUGGGGUCUUGAUGCCCACACCCCCGCCCAGCGGGUGCAAUGCCUGGGACACCCUGCCUUCCCCGCGCACCCCUCGCUCCCCCCUCACCCUAACCCUCACGUCCCUCACUGACAGCUGCCUCACCCCAGGGGAGGAGGGAGGGACUACGUGUGGGAUCUGCCUGUGUUCCAUCUCAGUGUUUGAAGACCCAAUAGACAUGUCCUGUGGUCAUGAGUUCUGCCGAGCCUGCUGGGAAGGGUUUCUGAAUGUGAAGAUCCAGGAGGGUGAGGCUCAUAACAUCUUCUGUCCUGCCUGUGACUGUUACCAGCUGGUGCCUGUUCAGGUUAUAGAGAGUGUUGUCUCCAGAGAGAUGGACAAACGAUACCUGCAGUUCGACAUCAAGGCGUUCGUGGAGAACAACCCAUCUAUUCGGUGGUGCCCAGCAGUGCGGUGUGAGAGAGCGGUCAGACUGACCAGGCCUGGUCCGGGGGUCAACCACCUGGGGUUCCCCCUGCUGCCCUCCCCUGCAGUCGACUGUGGCAAGGGUCACCUCUUCUGCUGGGAGUGUCUAGGUGAGGCCCAUGAGCCAUGUGACUGUCAGACAUGGAGGAUGUGGCUGCAGAAAGUCUCAGAGAUGAAGCCAGAAGAGUUGGCAGGUGUAUCGGAGUCGUAUGAGGAUGCAGCUAACUGUCUGUGGUUGUUAACCAACUCUAAACCCUGUGCCAACUGCAAGUCUCCCAUACAGAAGAAUGAGGGCUGCAACCACAUGCAGUGUGCCAAGUGUAAAUAUGAUUUCUGCUGGAUCUGUCUGGAAGAGUGGAAGAAACACAGCUCUUCAACUGGAGGAUACUACCGCUGUACACGCUAUGAGGUCAUCACACAGCUAGAGGAGCAGUCCAAAGAGAUGACUGGAGAGGCGGAAAAGAAGCACAAGAGUUUUCAGGAGUUGGACCGCUUCAUGCACUACUACAGCCGCUAUAAGAACCAUGAACACAGCUAUAAGUUAGAACAGAGACUAUUGAAAACAGCCAAAGAGAAGAUGGAACAGCUGAGUAGAGCCUUCAUUGGAUGUGAGGGCUCCCCCCCAGACACCAGAUUUAUAGAGGACGGUGUGUGUGAGUUGUUGAAGACACGUCGUGUGUUGAAGUGUUCCUACCCCUACGGAUUCUUCCUCCAGCCUCACAGCACACAGAAGGAGAUAUUUGAACUCAUGCAGACUGAUCUGGAGAUGGCGGUGGAGGACUUGGCUCAGAAGGUGAACCGUCCCUACCUGCGUACGCCGUGUCAUAAGAUAGUCAGCGCUGCCUGUCUGGUACAGCAGAAGAGAGAGGAGUUCCUGGCCUCGGUGGCUAGAGGGGUGGCCCCUAACGACUCACCUGAAGUACCUAGGAGGAGUUUCCCUGCUGGAUCAUGGGACUGGGAGUACCUGGGAUUCACCUCUCCUGAGGAGUAUGCUGAUUUCCAGUACCGGCGGAGACACCGGCCGCGUCGUAGAGGAGACAUGCCGAGUUUACACAGUCUGAGGAGCAACAGCAGUACUCCUGAGCCCAACCAGAACCCUGAGAAUACAGAGGUCCUCCAGGAGAGAGUUGAGGGGCGGAGACAGCCUCUGAGGUCACUGGAUGAAGAUGACCCCAACAUUCUACUGGCCAUCCAACUGUCACUACAGGACUCACGGAGGGAGAGAGAAAUGGAGAGAGGGAUGGGAGGAGGACUGGAAAGAGGCUCUGGUGUGAUUGAGGGCCCAGGGCUUGGGUCUGGACAGGGUCUGGAUAUAGGGCCAGUAAUGGGUCCAGGGGUGGGGAGCCUCAGUGAGACUCAGGACCCCUCCAGUGUGGGUGGUUCUCUGGGGGCCAGUGGCUCCUCUAACCUCCCUAGACCAGACCCUAACCAGUCGCUAAAUGCUGAGCUGUUAGAGCUAGGAGAAAGUCUGAUGAGACUGGGACAAAUAACUACUCCAUAUACCCUAGACAACACUAAUAUCCCUACGCCAUAUAGCUUAGAUCACACCUACGACCACUACAACCCUUCCCCCAGGUACAGUCAGAGUCAGGACCUUAGCUACACAUCUUAUACAACUGACCACAGCUAUGCUGUUCUGGAACCUGACCUCAGCACACCUUAUACACACGGCUACGGUCACACCUGUGAUCAUAACCAGGACCAUACCACUAUCAACAUUCCCUUCACUCCAGAACACGACCAUAAUUGUGGUCAAAACCAAAACCGUGGCCAUCCCACUAUCAAUGCCUUCUACAGUUCUGUUCACUGCCAACCCAGCCUCUACACUAAAACAUCUCCUUCUCACACAGACCUUACAGCAUCUUCUAGCCCUAAACACACAAGCCUUUACCCCUCAGACCCAGAGCCAUAUGCUAUGUUCAGCCUUCCCCAUAACCCUGAACCAGACCAAACCAUAUCUUGCACCCAGGACACACAUCCUGACCAGAACCACCACCAUUGCUGCCACUCCAGCCACUACACCCCUAACCCAGACCAUUACACCCCUAACACAGACCCUUACACCCCUAACCCAGACCCUUACACCCCUAACCCAGACCAUUACACCCCUAAUCCAGACUCUUACACCCCUAACCCAGACCAUUACACCCCUAACCCAGACCCUUACACCCCUAACCCAGACCAUUACAACCCUAACCCAGACCAUUACAACCCUAACCCAGACCCUUACAACCCUAACCUGGACCCUUACACCCCUAACCCAGACUACACCUCGAAUCCUGACCCAUGCCGCACUUCCUCAGACCCCCACGGCCUCCUGCUCCCCUCCCCAGACCCAGAACUCGUCUCCCCAGUGGUCCCUCCAGGUGGUCCCUUCACCCCCAGUGACCCAGGCUGCCUGGAGCGCCUGGACCCCUCAGCUGAAGCCCUGCUCCUGGACAACAUCAUGGCCUGGAUCCAACACACACACCCCCAGGACAGCCCCCAGAACAUCGACCUCAUCCCCUCAGCUAGCUCCGAGACUGGCUCACCCCCGGAGAAAUACUCACCUCCGGACACAGAGACAGACUCACCCACUGUUUCACUCCAAGAUGGUGGGGACCCAAAGAGUGAUUCCCCUCCUGACGCCCAGGCCAGUUUCAGUGGGGAGGCCCUAGCCGAGCUACGGCAGGGAGAGGCGGGUAGGGGACAGGCUGGCUCCCCCGGCCCUGGAGACAGCCUGGAGGUUAAAAGACCCAGCACUCUGGAUCUGGAGUGUUGUGAGGGUGAGGAGUAUGUGGAGUGUGUAGUCACAGGGUUUGUGUCGGACCUGUCACAGGACGCAUUGGACACACACAUACACUCACACACACACUGUGGAGAUGACAACCUCACUCCUACCAAGACAGACUCAAGCCCCACCGCCUGGGUAGUGGAGGACCAAUCACGCCCGGAGUGGGAAGAGCAAGUUCACCUGGUGUGACAACAGACAGACAGAUGACAGAGAGCAGGAGGAAGAGAGGAGGAGAGUGGGAGCGAGGUAAUGAUAAGCAGCAGUGACAGAGAUGAGGGAGAGAAAAGAGAGGAAGAGAGAGUGAUUAAUAGCAUUAUCAGAGAAAGAGCUUAGGAAAGAUUUGGGGAUGAAAAGCACUUAGAGGAAAGAACAGGAGAAAAGUCUGACAUUUAACAUGGUGUGUCCACUUGAUUUAGCUUGCUGGGCACCGAAAGCUAAUUAGUAUAUUUGACCAAGUUCUGGUCAGGUCAUGUGACCCAGGUCUGGUCAGGUCAUGUGACCUAGGUCUGGUCAGGUCAUGUGACCCAGGUCUGGUCAGGUCAUGUGACCCAGAUCUGAUCAGGUCAUGCAGUGACCAGAGUUGAUCAGAGCAGAUGAGAUGUGUUUAAAUACAAUCAAAUAUGAGUGACUUUAGUGAUUUUAUUGUCCAUAUCCAUUCCACUACUGAUGGACUGACUGUAUGUGGUCUCCUCAGCCUAAGACCAGGGCGAGUUGUUUUACUGUUUAUUCAACCUUUAUUUAUCCAGAUCAAAACUCCAUGACAGAGAGAGAGCGAGGGAGAGAGAGUGGGACCGUGACAUGGCUACUCUUUAGAAACAGUCCACGGCUGAGUUGAUCAGUGUGCCUCAUUUUUAUUGAGAAUCCCCUUUUUUUCAUAUGGAACCUCAAGCAACGUGCAAAGAAUAGUAUGACUAUUAUUACUACUAUAGGGUUGUUUUGUUUUUGACAUGGUUUCCUUUCCUCUUGAGAUAAGAUGUGUUUUUGGAAGCAGCUGUGGUCUGUGGUCAUAUGUAUCAAGUGUCUCAGAGUAGUGGUGCUGAUCUAGGACCAGGUCCUCCCUUUCUAUAUAAUCUUAUUCAUUAUGAUCUAAAAGGCUCAAUUGAUCCUAGAUCAGCACUUCUACUCUCCCAGGUCUUUGACUAGGUACAGGACAGGAAGCUGUUAUUUUUCUUGUGUUGGUGUUAUAGAGAUGGUUAGCACUGGUAGGAUGAUUAUAAUAUAGUCAACUUUAUAGAGAUGAAUCUGCAGUCUACAAGAGUUUAUAAUAUAAUUUCUAAAAUCAUAUUUAUCUUAUUUAAUUGUAAUAAGCUGCUUAAAUAAAGUAGUCAUUGGAUAUAGAAUAACAUUUAGAAACGCAACCAUGGUUUAACUUAACUGUUGCGUGUAGUGUGCAACCAUCUGGAGUAGUGCACUAGUUUAUAGUAGGGUGCGAUGUGACGUGCGCUGAUCAUACAAAACAUGAAAUGGAACACUGAAGUCUGGAUUUGGAGUGUAUUUUUUUGUACAACACCACUGUUUUAAGUUAAGAUAAUUGUUUAUUUAGUCCAAUUUGAUUCACACUAAGGUUUUUAUUAGAUUUCUUUUUGUUUUCUUUGUUUUGUAUUUUCUUGGUACUUAAUUGAAAGUUUCAAGGCCAGUGGCUGUGUCAUAGUUUGUAACCCAGGCAUCUGAUUUUUAUAUUACUGUACCCUGGCAACCAUAAACCUUGUUGUUAUUUGCACUUUCAUAGGUGAUACUUGAUCCAUUCCCAGUCCAUAUGACAGACAGUGACGUUCGAUGUGGCCAAGGACUGAAAGUAUUAGUAAAACGUUUACUCUCAAUAAAAAAAAUAUUUAAAAAAACA